UGGUCGCUCGCUCUCCCUCACUUCACUUCACUCAUGGCUUCUUCGUUUCUCUCCUCCACUCCCCUCACUCUGCUUUUCCUCUUCUUCACUUACUCUUACUUCGUUCCUGCAACUUCCGUUGAUCAGACACUGAAGAAAACUUUCAUCUUCCUCGUCGACUCUCAAUCUAAGCCUUCCGUUUUCCCAACCAGUUACCACUGGUACAGUUCUGAGUUCGUCUCAGAUCCUCUUCAAAUCCUCCACACAUACGACACCGUUUUCCAUGGCUUCUCUGCUGUGCUUUCUCCAGAGAGAGCAGCUUUUCUCGGCCAAAAUCCUUCUAUUUUAGCUGUUAUUGAGGACCGUCGCCGGGAACUGCACACCACGCGGUCUCCUCAGUUUCUUGGACUUCGCAACCAGCAAGGGCUCUGGUCCGAAUCCGACUACGGAUCUGAUGUUAUUAUUGGAGUGUUUGAUACUGGUAUCUGGCCUGAGAGGAGGAGUUUCUCUGAUGUCAAUUUGGGGCCGGUUCCAACCAGGUGGAAGGGCAUUUGUGAGACUGGAGUCAAAUUCGGCCCCAGAAACUGUAAUAGGAAGAUAAUCGGAGCUAGAUUUUUUGCCAAAGGACAUGAAGCUGGGACGGGAUCUGGGGGUCCUUUGGGCGGAAUUAAUGCGACCGCUGAAUUCUUAUCUCCGAGAGAUGCGGACGGUCACGGAACCCACACGGCGUCCACUGCCGCCGGACGAAACUCUUACCGUGCAAGUAUGGAGGGGUACGCUGACGGAAUCGCGAAAGGUGUGGCGCCAAAGGCGCGAUUGGCGGUAUAUAAGGUUUGCUGGAAGCAAAACGGUUGCUUCGACUCUGAUAUCUUGGCUGCUUUCGAUGCCGCCGUUGCCGAUGGAGUGGAUGUCAUAUCGAUUUCCAUCGGAGGCGGUGAUGGGAUCUCCACACCUUAUUAUCUUGACCCGAUAGCAAUUGGCUCUUACGGGGCCGUUUCGAAGGGGGUGGUCGUGUCUUCCUCGGCUGGUAACGAUGGGCCUAAUGGGAUGUCAGUGAUGAACCUCGCACCAUGGCUUGUCACGGUCGGUGCGGGCACAAUUGACAGAGACUUUCCCGCAGAUGUCAUUCUUGGAAAUGGGCACAAGGUCUCUGGGGUGUCUCUGUUUUCGGGAGCGCCAUUGAAGAAUCAAAUGUACACUCUGGUUUAUCCUGGGAAAUCGGGGGUCCUCUCGGACUCACUUUGUAUGGAGAAUUCUCUUGACCCGAAUCUCGUGAGGGGCAAAAUCGUGGUCUGUGAUCGUGGAAGCAGUGCGAGAGUGGCUAAAGGUUGGGUGGUGAAGAAAGCUGGAGGAGUAGGCAUGAUUCUUGCCAAUGGAAUCUCCAGUGGUGAAGGGUUAGUGGCCGAUGCUCACCUUUUGCCUGCUUGUGCUGUGGGAUCGAACGAGGGCGAAACACUCAAAUCUUACAUUUCGUCGAACACAAAUCCGACGGCAACCAUUGAUUUCAAAGGAACUAUACUUGGUAUCAAACCGGCUCCGGUUGUGGCUUCCUUUUCUGGUAGGGGACCAAACGGAAUGAACCCAGAGAUUCUCAAGCCGGACUUGAUUGCACCAGGAGUGAACAUCCUUGCCGCUUGGACCGACGCCGUUGGUCCAAGCGGAUUGGACUCUGAUACACGGAAAACAGAAUUCAACAUUCUUUCAGGAACUUCAAUGGCCGCUCCUCACGUGAGCGGUGCAGCGGCCUUGCUCAAGUCUGCACACCCUGACUGGAGCCCAGCCGCGAUUCGUUCUGCAAUGUUGACCACCGCUAGCUUAAUAGAUAACCGGAAGAUGCCCAUGACUGAUUCAUCAACCGGCAAGCCAUCGACUCCCUAUGAUUUUGGUGCUGGGCAUCUCAAUCUUGGUCUCGCGAUGGAUCCAGGACUCGUCUAUGAUAUCACCAAUGCCGACUACGUGAACUUCCUUUGUUCAAUUGGGUAUGGACCAAAGGUAAUUCAGGUGAUCACUCAUUCACCAGCCAAGUGUCCAGCAAAAAAACCAUUGCCGGAGAAUCUAAACUACCCUUCCAUUACCGCAUUGUAUUCGACCUCAUCUGCCAAGACUCAGAGCAAGACGUUUAUUAGAACCGUGACCAACGUGGGUCAGCCGAACUCAGUUUACCGGGCAACAAUAGUGUCACCGAAUGGUGUAACAGUGGCCGUGAAGCCAGCCAAGCUAGCCUUCACUGAAGCGGUGAAGAAACAGAGUUUUAUUGUGACGGUUACUGCAGAUACCCGAAACAUGGUGUUGGGUGAUUCGGGUGCUGUAUUCGGGUCAAUUUCAUGGUCUGAUGGUAAGCAUGUGGUUCGGAGCCCCAUUGUGGUUACUCAAAUGGACCCAUUGUAAACUGACAAGAAGUAAGUGAAAAGUAGAAGUGAAGUGUACAACUUGCUACACUGCAUAGUUUAAGAUGCUAGUGUGUGAUGGUUCCUCUGUUUUGUUGCUUAAAAUCCCCUCUCCUUGGCAGCAUAAUAGGUUUUAGCUGGGCAAAAGUGGUUUUGAGGGAUGCUAUCUUCUUCUUCUUUUUGAUCUUUUUGAUGAUGCUUUGUUUUUAAUGUAAUGUUGUAUUUAUAAACUAGUGAAGUUUAUAUGUUGGGAAUAGUGUUACUAUAUCUUAACUUUGUUU